AUGGCAAACUUCGAUGGAAGACCUAUUCCCCCUCCCAAUAGGCAGCAAAAAAGACAUACUUGGGAAAGACCCAUCACAAAUACGAUAAAAAAUAAUGUGGAUGGGACGUGUAAGCAAAUGGAAAAAGUAUCAGCUAUUGGGAUCGUGGUCAGAGACCAUAAUGGCUUGGUUUUAGGUGGAAUGUGCAAACCAAUAGAGCAAACUUUCACAGCAGAAUCAGCAGAGGCAGAUGCGUUCACACAAGGGAUCAAAUUUGCCGUAGAGAAUGGAUGGACAAAUGCCACUAUUAAAGGGGAUGCGAUUACAAUCGUGAGCAGGCUUGUCAAUCAUAAAGAAGACGUUUCAACCAUUGGAUUGAUUCUCAACGAAGCCGUAUGA